UGACGUUUCACUCUGGGAGCAGGAUUAACCCUUCCCUGCAAGGCAUGCCCUUUCCAUGCAGCCCCACGCCUGGCUGUGGCCCCUGAGAGCAGGAUGUGGUGUGUAAGAAGUGCUUACAGAUUGCACCUACCAGGGGGUCGGGGGCCAUCAUUUGGGGUGGGAUGGGGACAUCUGUUCCAAGGGCAGAGCUUUGUUAGUACCCCAGAUCCCCCUGGGGACCAUGCACCCCCUCAUGGGACAGAUAAUAUGAAGAUCAGCACACAGAGGGCUGACAAUGAGACCCCCAGAUUUCCUGUGCUCCCAGCCAGGAUUUGGAGGCGAUCUCUGUCCCCUUUAGACAGGGUCAGCCACAUGGUCUCCCCUGAGUUCAUCUCUCCAGAAGUCCAGGCUCUGAGGAGUGCAGGUGUGAACCAGGAGGACAUGCAGAUUGGGCACAGUGCCACCCUUAAUCCAGGGGAACCCCCUGACACCCCUGGACAGGACUGUGAUCUUCAGCCAUCACUGGACAAUGAGCCUGAGUGGUUAGAUCCCCAAGGUGCUCCCUUUAAAUCAGGGGACCUUAUUGUAUCUGAGUUCAAGAAAAGACACUACACUGAAUUUAAGAAAAUGUUCCUCCUAAAACCCAAUGGAAAACUGACAAGCAACUGGGGAGCCAUAAGCCAUGGUGAUAUAGAGGGCAAGCUGCCAGGACAGAAAUUCAGGACUUCAACAGGUUUUGAAUUCCUUCUGAAAAGACCUACUUUAGAUGAAUAUGUCACAAUGAUGAAGAGGGGACCCACCAUCUCCUACCCAAAGGUCAGCAUCUGUUAAACUAGAGUUGACAAGUCUCCCAUGUUUUUCUAGACUCAACACUUACAUAUUGAUGGGCAGUGUAUAAAAAGGGCUGCCCUGUAGUAUGUAGCAUUCAAAUGCUGCAGAUAAGAAAUGUGUUUAGCAAAGAGGAAGCCUGCAAUGUCAACAUGUAACUAAAGUGUCCAAUGUGAUGUAUCUGAAAAUCAAUGAGACAGCCACUAGAGGCUGGAUUAACCCUCAGUGUAAACAUAGCAGUUUCUCUAAAAAUGCUAUGUUUAUUUAAAAAAAAAAAAAAGGGGUUAACCCUAGCUGGGCCUGGCACCCAGAUCACUUCAUUAAGCUGAAGUGGUCUGGGUGCCUAUAGUGGUCCUUUAAGUGAUUUGAAGUGGUCAUGGUGCCUGGAGUCUCUAUGUGCAGAAUGUCACUAUAAAAACACUGCACAUACAAAGUUUAACUCCUUUGCUGCCAAAAGUGUUAACUCCGCCAGCGUCACUGGCUAAUGUCCAUAACGUCUGCAGUGCCGACAGCUGUCUGUGUGUUAAAGGAACACUCCACAAACCUAAAGCACUUUAUCUUGCUGAAGUAACAGGUUAAUGUCUAUGAUUAUCAUACUCCUGAUGGAGUCUUUGUUCUGCGAAUAUUGUGUCCUUUUAGGAUAUUGCAGCCAUGCUCAUGAUGAUGGAUAUUAACCCUGGAGAUACCGUACUGGAAGCCGGUUCAGGUUCUGGAGGAAUGAGUCUAUUCUUAUCGCGUGCAGGUAAAUGCCUUAAUUAUUCUGUCAUUCUCUAUUUAGGCUGUAAUAUUCAUAAUCAAAUUACAUUUACAGUUUACCCAUCACCAAAAAGAUUAGUCAAAAACAUCACAUGCCCCCUUCCGGACAGUCUUACUUUUUUAUGGAAACAAGAAAAUUGAGGAGAACGGUUAACGCACCCCCCACCUCUCCCUCCUUCCCAAAGAGUAAAUUGCAGCACAAGUCAUAGGUGUUAUAUUAUAAUUAGCCCACAACAAGCAGGUAACAUUUCCACCCAGUACAAGGGAGUUUAUUCACCAAACACCUAACUGUAGAAAAUUAAAAAUAAAUAAAAACCAAAGGCAAAAAUAACGAAAAAUCCCCCCUGCUUUAAUUACAGCUUAGCUAUGAUUUUCGUAUUCCAUGUUUAGUGAAGGAUUCCAAACCAGUGUUGUUCCAUCUGUUCUCGAUACCUUCAUUUUUUGGGUACCUUUACCCAAAUUCUAAAAUGUGGGGGAAUUACAUCAUUUUUUCCUAUAUCUUUUUUCCGCCAGAUAAAUAAAAUACUCUGCUGAGUUUAGUGAAUAACAUUGGUGAGACUGCACUCUACCUUCUCUCUCACAGCACCCCUCAUUUUCAGAAGUUUAAAAGACGCAGUAACGCCCACUUUUGUGCUUCUCUUUCAUCUUAAAGCGGCACAGACACCCCUCCAAAAUAAAAUGAGUAUUUCAUCAAUAUAGAAUCUUUCACUGAAAUUCCAACACAGUCAAGAGAUAUAUAGAGACAAAGUAGGGACAGCUUUUUCUUAGUAUUUCUCCUACGCCUGCCCCCAGCCUGACCAAGCUGUCACCUGCGGGAUCCUCCCUAGCCCUUACUGCUAUACUCGCAUGAAUGACAGUACAGCGCUGACACCUGCUCCCAGCAGCUGAAUUACCAGGAGCCAAAGAGGACUGUCAGGAAGACGAUGGAGUGCCCGCGAGGGACAGGUUCACUUUUCCCCCCAGCGGCUCACUAUACCACUGUAUUAUUAAGUUAGUUACAGCAUGUGAUACACACGAGGGCAAGGUAACACAAGAAACAAUUACAAAACUAUAUGUUCUAAAGAGGGCAUGAACUUGUUUAAUUUUCUGAUAGUAAAAUUCAUUGGACAUAUUCAACAUUGAUUUAGGUGUCAAUUUAAUUCUUGUGGAUGAGCUUUUCAAAUGAUCUUAGUCUUUUAGAAACAUGUUUCAACUGAUAUAUCUACAAUAAUUCUGAUGAUUUCUUUAGAUAAAUCAUUUGAUGACGUUUUUUUCCAAGAGACUGGAGUCAUUUUUGAUGCUGUUUCAAACAAAUGAAAUCGAGGUCAGAUUGUGAUCAUUUAAACAGCUAAUCAAAAAAUAUUAAAUUGAGGCCUUAAUUGUGUUAAUGGCCAGCAAUUCCCGUGUGUUUUUCUCUAGUUCUUUGGCCAUUCAAGGUAUUGGAUGCAGGUAAAGGGUUUUGGUUUGAUGUGUUAGAUGUUAAUGAUAUUGGGGAGUGCCCCUAACAUGGCGUUGUGUUAUACUUAGAAAACCAAGCUCCAGUAAUUGUUUUACUUUGCAUUCUCUCGCCCUGCGAACACGCUUUGUUAGGAUUCUAUUUGAUUGUACGAGAGUUAGCCAUGUUAAUUUUGUCUCGCAGUGGGUUCAGAGGGACGUGUGUACAGUUUUGAUGUCCGAGCAGACCACCAUGCGAUUGCAAAGAACAAUUUCCAGAGGUGGAAGAACGCUUGGACGAAUCGGUGCCGGAAACCAUGGCCAGAUAAUGUCAGUUUUAUCAACAAGGACAUUACCAAUGCCCUCUCCGAUAUUAAUUCUGUGACAUUUGAUGCGGUAAGUCUAUCAGAGUUUUUCACAAAAGUGAGUAUUUCUGGGAUACAAAGUGAAUCUCAAAACGUAGGCCAAAAUAGCCAAAUUAGAGCAAUCCUCCAAGUCUGUUUUGAUUUUAGUUUGUCUAUUUUGGCCUUGAAUUUGAAAUUCACUUUGAAUUCCCAACAAUCCUCAUGUUAGUAAAUAACCCUGUUUGUCAUUAUGCAUUAUUAAAGGACCACUCUAGGCACCCAGACCACUUCAGCUUAAUGAAGUGGUCUGGGUGCCAGGUCGAGCUAGGGUUAACCCAUUUUUUCAUAAACACAGCAGUUUCAGAGAAACUGCUGUGUUUAUGAAUGGGUUAAGCCUUCCCCUAUUUCCUCUAGUGGCUGUCCCAUUGACAGCCGCUAGAGGCGCUUGCGUGCUUCUCACUGUGAUUUUCACAGUGAGAGCACGCCAGCGUCCAUAGGAAAGCAUUAUGAAUGCUUUCCUAUGUGACCGGCUGAAUGCGCGCACAGCUCUUGCUGCGCGUGCGCAUACAGCCGACGGGGAGGAGAAGAGGAGGAUCGGAGGAGGAGAGCUCCCCGCCCAGCGCUGGAAAAAGGUAAGUUUUAAGCCCUUUCAGAGCCGGGCGGGAGGGGGACCCUGAGGGUGGGGGCACCCUCAGGGCACUAUAGUGCCAGGAAAACAAGUAUGUUUUCCUGGCACUAUAGUGGUCCUUUAAAUACAUUUUUGAUUAAUUUGGCAUUUUGCUGGCACAUUCAUCUGUAUCUAACAUAAAGUGGAACUGUCACUUCUCAAGAUUUGUUUACUUUGUUUCUUAUAUUUGUGUUUUUGUGAGGUGUACAAAAUAAAAUUAAACACAGAAAUCCACACCUCAGGGUGCUCCCAUCUGUGCUACCUGUCAUCAUUCUAAGCUCUGUCCUUGGCACCCAGUAGUCAGCAUAGAGAGAGCGUGCAGUGGAGAAAUGAAACCGUUUCUAUUUCUCCUCUUCACCUGCAAUGUGUGCCCUGACCCUGCGUUGUCUGAACUGGAUUUUCAUUUGCUGAAUCAGAGCAUCCCCCUGAAAAAGUUCCACUGUUUUAUUCUGGGCUAUCAAUUCCAGAGAAACCAAGACAAAAAAAAAUCAAAAAAAAAUUGAAAACAUUUUCAUUUAUUUUUGAAUUUGAAAUCGAAAUAUUCAUGGUUCACAGAGUGCCGGGGAAAUCGUGUUUUCUUUUAUGAGAAAGACACUAUUACUUAACCAUAAUAUUAAUGCAAGACCAAAGUACAGUUCACAAGUACAAUCAUAAAAUAAAAUGCAAUAUAUGUGUUAAGGAUGGAUGGGGCAUUAAAAUUUAUAUAUAAUUAAUCCAUGUGCUUUGUGUCGAUAGUGCAAAAAUAAAUAAAUAAAACACAAACAAAGGACAUUAUUUUAGGGAGAGUAAUCCUAUAUUUUAUACGUAGAUCUGCAUUUUUAUGGAUUUACUCCUCUACUUAGAGCUAAAUACAACACAGUGAAUACAAGAUUUCAUUUUGAAUCUUUUUUUUAUUUUGUUUUGAGUGUAGCUAAAUAUGAGCAGGACUGUUCACCAAAGUGACAAUUCAAAGUGAAUUUAAAUUUGAAUACAAAAAAAAGCUGACCUGGAAAAUAUCUCCAACCAGGUUCGACUUCUUUGGCCUUACAUUUGAAAUUAAUUUUGAUUUCCAGACAAUUCUCACUUUAGAGAAUAACCCUGAUGGUGUUUUGUAGUAAUUGGAGUGAGCGACAAUGUAUUACCAGUACACAUGAGUUUAUGUUUAGCAGAAACCACACAAUCCUCCGAGGUUGUCAAUGAUUAUAAUUCAGCUUCUGUAUUUUUCCUAGGUUGCUUUGGACAUGCUGAAUCCACAGGUCGCUUUACCUGUUAUUCUCCAGAAUCUAAAGCAGGGGGCAGUAUGUGCAGCAUAUCUAGCAAAGUGAGUAUGCCGUGUGAUUUUCAGGAUGCACUGAUAACAUGUAAGGGACACUUUAAACAGAAGAGAAAAUAAUAAUAAAUUACAUAAAUAAAACAAUACAUAUUUUUGUAUUCAAUAACAUAAAAGCAUAAAUACAUUCCCUUCCACGAUGUCUUCAGGCCUUCCAUGUAGGACACAAACGUCAAGCUCUGAGUCUUUUUUUAAUUUUUUAUAAUUCCACAGUGCACUGUAGUGGUUAUGGUGCCAGAAGCGCAAUGGCACCCCCAUGUUAGAUGAUCAAUGUAAGCCAGUGAGCUGUAAUUAGUUACACCGAGGUCAGGUACUUUGUAUUUAUUUUUAUAUUUUUUAUUUUUAUUUAUAUAUUUAAUUUUUUUGUUUUUUUAUGCUUUUUAUCCAUAUUGUCCAUAAUACUGAUUUAUUCAUAUACAGUGGGGCCUCGGUUUACAAACGCCUCGGUUAACAUCAUUUUCGGUUUACAAAUGAAAAUCCAUUGAAAAUAAUGCCUCGGUUUACAAAAAUUUUUCACAAUACAAAGUAAGUUUCCCCAGGAUGCAUUGCACCUGGGAGGUUUAUAGCCCCGCCCCCUGCAUGCUGGAGCCUGUGGGUAGCACAUGGCGUCAAGUGUGGAGGUGUUGUAGCGGCUUUUGCAUCGAGUUUUGGAGCCAUUCUGGAAAUUGUUUGCAGUUGUUUUGUGACUUUUUGGUGCAUUUCUCAAGCGGUGGAAAGGUGGGGAGCUGAGCUUCGUCGUUUGCAUGCCUUUUAUUGUGUGUUCUGCAUUGUGGGUUGAUUUCCAUGCCAGCUCACUUUGACUUUUUUUCUGACCUUCAGAACGGAUUAAUUGGUUUUUAAUGCAUUCCUAUGGGAAACCGCGUUUUGGUUUACAAAUUUUUUGCAAUAAGAAACCUCCCGGAGAACGCAUUAAAUUCGUAAACAGAGGUCCCGCUGCAUUCUCUCUGAUAUAUCUGCUACUUAUUAUAUCAGUUGUCAAUUUUCUUAUAUGAAUAUUAUGCAGAGUUUAUAAUUGUUAUAUGUUAUUGCUAUCUUUUGUAUCCAUUUACUAUAAUUGUUUCUAACUCAAUUUUGAGUACUUUAGUCUGGGUAUAUUUACUAUUGAGGAUGUGAAACAGCUUGCUAUUAGCUUAUGAGUGUUUUUUUUUUUUUAUAUAAAUUUGGUCAUUAUUAAAAGAUUUCUAUUCAUUUUUAGUUUAUUGUUUGUGUUUCAUAAUUAGGAGCACACAUACCAUUCUGUUUAUUUUGAGUUUAUUGCUCAUUUAGUCGCGCCGGUGUAUGUAGCCGCCCUUACUCUUAUGGUAUUUUAUUUUUUAAUUUGUAUGUACCUUUUUUAUAUUGUAAUUAGUUUAGACAGAGAACAUCUUAACCAGGUAAGAAGCCAGAAGCAGUCUAAAAUAGUUUGACUACUUGCCCCCCCCCCUCCCUUUCAAGAUUGAUGACCUCAUCCAAUCCAAUACUUUCCCACUGAGAGGCUAGUGCGCAGGCACAGCAAAACUCUACACUUCAUAGAGAUGCAUUGAUUUAAGACAUAGCUAUGGGGAGCAUUCAGCAUCUCAGUCCUGCAAAGAUUGGGCCUCUAGUGGCUCUCUGAAUGACCGCAGAAAGAGGUGUUACUAGGGAACAAUAUAAACACUCCAUUUUCUCUGAAGAGGCAGCGUUUACAAUGAAAAGCCUGCAGCAAGGGCUUACCUAGAGCAUUUGGCACCCGGGACGGGCCCUAUUUUUUGCACCUUCUCCCCUCCCCCUCCACCCAACUGUAAAAUGUAAAAAAAAAAACUCAUUUUUUUUUUUUUUGUAAUGUAUUUAGUGCUGAUCAUAUUUGAGUAUGUUUGAGUGAAUGUAGGGGUGUGUUUGUAUGUAGUGUUGGUUUUUGAAUGCAGCGGUGUGGUUCUGUAUAAUGGUGGGGUUUGUAUGUAGUGUUGACAUUGAAAUGCAGGGGUGUAUUUGUGUGUAGUGUUGGCGAGAUUCUGAGAUGUAUGCACACAGACACACACAUAAAUACACGCUGACACACAUGCAGCUACAUAGAUAUACAGUCACACACAGACACAUGCUGACAGACAUGCAGACACACAGUGACGACUCUAGGAACAAUACAUAGGGGGGAAACAUAAGAUACAAAACAGUGCCCUGGGGGCGGCAUUAAAACUUUUCACUAGGGGAUGGGGUAAUGUGCUGCCAUUUUUUGUCUGAUGCCAGCAUGCUGUGAAUGCUGGCAUCAGACAACAAAUUUGCAAAGAAUUCACAUUAGCCACUGAGAUUUCUUGGUCUGGGCUGGCUGACACUUCUUAACUUUGAUCUUUGUUUAUCAGAUAACUCCCCUAUUUGCUAUCCUUAUGUGGGAUUGCCAUAUUUAAGGACACCAAAUAAGGGCGCUAUCUGCUAAAUUGCACACUAAUUUGGUAUCUUUAAAUCCGGAAAUUUUACAUAAGGGCACCAAUUUAGGGAAUUAUCUACUAAACAGCUACAAGAUCAGAAUUUAAAAAGCCCUUUUCUUAAUUUUAAUCUUUCAGUUGUUUAAUAGAUAACUCACUUAUUUGUUAUCCUUAUGUGGGAUUGCAAAAUGUAAGGACACACAAUCACAGACCUACACACAUAAUCACAACACACACACUUAACUACAGAGAUACAUACAUAAUCACAGACACACACACACACAAUCACAGACACAAAUAAUCACAUACACACAUUGUAAUAAUUAAGAGGUCCACCCAGUCUCCUUACCUUGCUCUGGGAGGGCUGGGAUGGAUCAUCAGUCCCUGGUGAUCAGUGGUUGUUGCUGGGAUCUCUGUGUUCUUCCUGCACAGGUCCCUCACACACCCUGUAAUGACGCCAAUGCUGGGAUGACGUUAUAUCCCGGCUGCCGGCUCACUGCAGGGCGAAGACAGUCAGAUGCACACAGUUAUACACAUAUACUGUCAAAUACAGCCACAGGCACAUAGUCACUCGCACACAGUCAAACACAGUUACAGACAGUCUGUCACACACACAUGGCUACAGGCAGACAGUCUCUCUGUCACACACACACACACACAGUCAAAGGCAGACAGCCACACACAAUGGCACAGGCAGGCAGUCGUAAAUGCAGUCACAUGCAGACAGUCACCCACAAAGUCACAAGCAGUUACACACACACUUACAGGCAGACAGUCACACACACAGUCACAGGUCAACAGUCACACACACAGUCACAGGCAGUCGCACAUAGUCACAGGGAAACAGUCACACACAUACAGCGACAGGCAGACAGUCUCACACACACAGUCACAGACAGUUACACAUACAGUUACAUACACAGUACACUCUUUCACUUACUGACAGUAUGGGCUGAUUUCUAGUUGUUGGGGAAGCAGGAACUCCUUCUUGCUUCCCCUCAUUGUGCAACAGUAAGAGCAGCAAAUGGAGGCUGCCUUUAGCUCCGCCCCCACAUCCAAUUUAGCUCUGUCCCCACAUCCAAUUUAGCUCUGUCCCUGGCCGAUUUGGCUCAGCCCCCAACUAUCCGUGAAGUUCUCCUGCCGGCCCCUGUGUGUGAGCUGUGUCGGGUGCCCGGCACCCCUGCUGAUAUGGUGCCUUGUGCAGCCACACAGCUCACAGAUCCCCAAGCCUGGCCAGCCCUGGUGGCACCCGCCUACCAAGUGGCACUUGUGGCGGCCCGCCCACCCCUCCAUUAGUACGCCACUGGCCUGCAGGGACAGACUAUAGACACCUGAAACACUACAUUAAGUUGUACUGGUUCUGUUGACUAUAGUGCUGUUUUAGGAUGGAAGACCACAUAAAAUGCAGGUGUGAUGUCUCAUGUUUGCAUCCUAUUCACCUUAAUGGGAUGCACUUAGGGGGGACUUCAUGCAUGCCGCGUGCAUCUGUGGUACUCUAACAAUAUGCUUCUAUUUAUUUAUUACCAGCAUUUAUAAAGGUGCCAACAUAUUCUGCAGCUCUGUACAAUUGGAAAUUUUCUCCUACAGGGAAUAAUCAAAGCGAUGUUCUGCUGUUACAAGAGCAGAUCAAGUAAGCAGGGCACCUGCAGAUUGCUGCCAUUGAAGAGCAGAACGGUGUUGGGCAUACUCUCUAUUGAGUGGACGCAAUCAAAUAUGGCUGAGUUAUGUAAGAUAUCUGCACAUAUCAUGUUCAGAUUCUGUAUUUUCAUAGAAUCCCUAUUUCUCUGCAUUCAGAAUUUGGCCUUAACUCUGCAUUUGGGGAACUAUAUCAAUCCCAUGAAAUGUUUGCUAAGGGUGGAAAUCUGGCUCAACAUUUUAGGCAGCCUCUGACUUCCUGAUAAUUGUAUUUUAAUAUGCAAUUAAAAUAAAGAAACGAUUCACUACAGCAAACAGAAUAAGGAUUAACACAGACUGGUUAUAAUCUAUCACCAUUAAUAUUCCUAGAUGUAGGGUAACUGCUUGCUGCUAUUCUAAUAUAAAAACAAUCUGUGAGCUGCUAACACCAAAAAGACAUAGGCUUAGGGCAGAACUUUGUAAGGAAAGGGACGAUGGCAUAAAUGGAAAAUAACAGAAAGGAAUCACUCACAUUUGACGUUUUGUCAUUUGCUGUAAAUUCUUUUGAUUUGAAGCUUCUUCAGUAAGCUCUUACCUUUGCUGAGAAACAGCAAUAUUUAUAUUCAUCUGAGAACACACCCAAGUGGUGGUCAGACAGUCACCAGAGAUACUUCCUCCUUUCCAAAGGUCCUCAUGUUUGAGGUCACUUCGCAGAGUAUGACACCAAAAGCAUCCAUUGCCUUUCACAGAGAGGAGUUGGAUUUACUGCUGCUCUGUAAGGAUUAGUACUUGAUUGGCAGAGCACAAUGAUUUCAUUGCAUGCAGUUUUGUAUUCUGGUUUUGUGCUGCCCUGCAACUCAGGCACCCUCCCCCAUCCCUUCCAAAUUUCUCUUCCUGACAGACACACGCCUUCACUGAUGCAUGCACUGACAUACACUCACUUACAGAUACAGUCAUUGUCACACAAACUGUUUAACCAACACACACUUUCACUGAAACAUACACACUCAUUUAUUCACAGUUAUACACACACUCACAUUUACCGACAGACACACAUAUACACUAACUGACAGACACACACUCACUCAUUCACAGUUACACACACUCACAUUAACUGACAGACACAUACACACUGACUGACAGACCCACACUGGGACACACAUAUACUCACUGACAGAUACACACUGACAAACACACACACACUCACUGACAGACAUAUAUACAUUCAGUGUCAGUCACAUACUCUCCGUGACAGACAUGGAUACAUACAUUGACACAUGCAUACACACACUGACAGACACACACUCUCAAUGGCAAACAGAUACUCACUGACAAACACAUAUACACUGUGACACACACACACACACUCUCACUCUUUGACAGAAACACACACACUCACUAACAGACACACAAUAAAACACACUCCCAAUUUUUAAUUUUGUUUUGCUUACAUUUUGGUGGAUUUUUCCUUGGUCCAGUGGGGCUGGCUGUAGCUCGGCGGGGUGGGUUGGCACACGGUGAGCAGUGGAGGCGGGCUGCGAGGGAGCCCAGCUCCCUCGCACACCUCACAGUGAUGCCGGAGCGACGUCAUAUUCCGGCUCCGGCAUCAGGAAGAGCUCAGAGUGAUCCCUCGCCGCCAGCCUCCUACAUGAGUACAGGAUCUGUAACAGCCAUCUGAGGAGUGGCCAGUGAAGUUAUCACUAGGCUGUAAUGUAAACACUUUUCUCUGAAAAGACAGUGUUUACAGCAAAAAGCCUGAAGGUAAUGAUUCUACUCACCAGAACAAAUUCAAUAAGCUGUAGUUGUUCUGGUGACUAUAGUGUCCCUUUAAAGGACACAAUAGAUGAACUGGUAGCAAAGCAGACUUUUUCUAGUCUGGCUAUUUGACCUUCAAUUUUAAAUUAAUUUUGAACUCACUUUGAAUACAUGACAACUUUAAAAAUAAAUCUGAGGUUUAUUCUCUGAACAAUUUCUUACCCCUUGGAUUGCAGUGGUAGUUUGAAAACACUGGGUUAACCACAUACAAUACUCUCAGCCAACCAUCAUCAUCCAGGUUUCACAGACUUGUCAGUUCUGCAUUAUUAUUAUAGUUCUGGUCUCUGGGUGUUGGGGAGAUAAUCAAACCUCACUGUAAGUAGAGUGUCCAGAGACUCUUGGCAAAGUAGCCACUACACUGAGUGUCCUUUGAAAGAGGAACCCGUAUCCACUUAGGUACAUGGCAUACUGCUUUUGGGAGAUGGAAUAUUUGUAGUUUUAGAAGUUAAAGGAACACUAUAGCCACCUAAACAAUUUUAGCUUAAUGAAGCAGUUUUGGUGUAUAGAUCACUGCUCAAUUGUCUGCCAUUUAGGAGUUAAAUCACUUUGUUUCUGCAGUUCUGCAGGGUAUAGCAAGCUAUUAAUAAUGCAGGAGAUAAGAACAUCUAAAUUAAACAGUAUCUGCAAUAAAGGAAGAGUAAAUAUUAGAUGACUCUAUGCAGGAAGAGUUUAGGAAGGCUGUGUAAGUCACAUGCAGGGAGGUGUGACCUGGGCUGCAUAAACAAAGUGAUUUAACUCCUAAAUGGCAGAGAACUGAGCAGUGAGACUGCAGGGGCAUGAUCUAUACACCAAAACUGUGUCAUUAAGCUAAAGUUGUUUGGGUGACUAUAGUGUCCCGUUUACGUGUAAAGGUAAAAUAUAAACAUAAUAUGUAAAGUAUUCAUUUAUUACCAGUUUGGCAUCACAAUGUAUAGAAUUCAUUUUAUUCUCUGAAAAAAAGCCAUAUCGUGUAUUUUUUGCAUGACAGUUAUGCUAUUCUUUUAUUGUAAUUUUAAUAUGUUUUGUGACAGAGGAAAUGUUUUCUCUUCUUGUUAUGUGUUUGUGCUUCACACAGUAUCACGCAGGUCAUCGAUCUCUUGGAAGGGAUCCGCUCAUGCCAGCUGUUCUUAGUAUGUGAGAAGAUAGUGGAGGUCUCCUAUAAGGACUGGCUGGUAGCACCCUCUGUGCGUAAAGAUGGCUCUAUAUCCCCAAGAGUUGAGCCGGAGAAGAAUAUAGAGUCAGACCCUGAGUACCUGGAACAGCCCGAGAACGAGGAGAGCGACAGUGAUGGUAUAAAGCUAUAUUUGUAAAUAAUUUUUUUUUUUUUUAAUUCUGUGAACUUUAUAGGAAACAAUUGCUAGUGGGUAACUAACUAGCAUAUACACAGAAUUAAAGGUAUACUGUAAAUAUCAUAAUCAUAGUAUUUUAUUGUAUCAUUGCUAGAUUGUGCAUCAGUGCAUUUCAGCUGGCUUGAACAAAUCAAAUUCUGUUUAAGCUACACCUGAACAAAUUGAUCCGUCCGGGAUUUACAUAUGGAGUCUUAUUCAUUGAAUAAGAAACCACAGUUAAAUUCCUGGCUUGAUUUGUUAGAAUGUAGAUUAGAAGGAAUGUGUUUCAUUUAAACCAACUGAAACACAUUAUUAAAACACAUUAAUGCACAAGACUAAUUAUUACAUGUUUUAUUUAUGCAGCUUAUUGUAGUGAUUAUGGUGCUUGCAGUCAUUCCAAUCUGAAUUUAUUUUUCAUUAUUUAGAUAAUGUAAAAAAAUACUUUGAAUGUUCUCCUUGUUUGCUGAAUAUCCACAUGAUUUUCAGCGUCUUAGGAAGUAGCUGAGAAGCCUGGUACUCUGAUUAAAUUCAGAGAGGCCCUGUGUAAGCCCAUUAGAAAUUUUCGUUCAAGUAGAUAAUUUCUAUUGAUUCUAUAUAUUAUAUACAUUAAAUUAGUCACAGUAUUUUGUUUGAAUAUAUAUAUAUAUAUAUAGAGAGAAAGUAUUUUUAUUCCGAUUGCACCAUUUCGCCCUGUAACACUGUGAUUGAGAUAUUAACAUGUUGAUCUGUGUUACAGCACAAAACCCUUCAGUUAAAAUAAAACCAUUUGGACAAGUACCAUACAUUGCUCGCCCUUUGCCAUGGCAAACUGGCCACACAGGUAAAUGUUUUCUGCUGUAUAGAGAUAGAUAUUAAAAAAUACUCUAACAUGUUGGGAGUAGAGCUAAAAGCAGUGUGUUUAUAGGGUGGUUAAUUGGGUGGGCACAGUUAUGUAUUUAUAGUGCAGUUAAUGCUGAUUUGAUGAUCCCAUGAUUGGUAAGUAAAUGAACACAGAAAUAAUCCAAGCUUUAUUAAGCCAUGUCUACUGUACAAUUAAACAAUAUAAAAUGAAGACUCCGCAAUAGAAAAUACAGGUGGGAGUGUAAUGUCAAGAAACUAGUGCUAAGAGGUGUGUAAAUUGAAAAUAGGGAGAUGUGGCUCCCCUUGAAAGUUAAAAACACAUCUACACUAAGCACUAGAAAGUAGAUACUAAUUCCUACUAAUCUCAGUUCCAAUGAAACAACACUCUAUAGGCAUAUUAAACUAAAUUGACAUAAUGUUUACAUUGCAGCACUAACUCUGCCCUCAGUGGCUGUCUACCAGACAGCCACUGGGGGCGCUUCCGGUAUCGUAAUGGACUUUUGGUCCGUUAUCUGAUGCUGGAUGAACAAUUUUAGUCGACUAAAUGUUUUGACCUUUAGUCAACUAAAACUAGUCUAAAACAAUUCAGAUGAAUAAAAUAAGACUAAAACUAAAAUGGCUUUUUAGUCAAAAGACUAUGACUAAAACUAAAUUGAAAUUUGCUGCCAAACAACACUGCAAAGAGGGAAUGUGGAAGGGGCAAAAAAGACAGACCAGGGCAUGGGAGAGAGACACCUAGGGGGUCUGGGGAAGGGGUAAAAGAGACAGAGGCUUUAAAAAAGCCCAUUAGAUUUUAGUCGUGUCAACUAAAAUCUACAGGAGAUUUAAUCAACUAAAACUAGACUAACACUAAAAAAAUUCAGAUGACUAAAAUACAACUAAAACUAUAGUGGCUUUUUAGUCAAAAGACUAUGAAAUUAAAAUUUGCUGCCAAAAUUAACACUGCUACCCACCUAUAAGAUGGUGAAGAAAUCUGUGUGCAAAAGAUAGAGAAAAUAGAACUAGGUACCUUGGUUGCUGUUAAUGCAAAAUAUGCUAUAGUGAAAUAAAAGCAAAGAAAUGUAUCAAAAAGCCCUUUUAAGCCGUACAUACUCUGGGGCUUAUCCAAUUUAUAUUAGGCUAUCCAGCUGAUGUUAUGUAACUUUAGUUUAAUUUGCCUAUAGAGUGUUGUGUUAUAAGAAUUGAGAUUAGUGGAAGUUAGUAUCCACUUUCUAGUGCUUAGUGUAGAUGUGUUUCUAGUUUUAAAGGGGAGCCACGUCUCCCUAUUUUCAUGUACCCACCUCUUAACACUAGUUUCUUGACAUUACACUCCCCUUCACUUUAUGUGUUAGAUUGCAUUGUUUUAGUACGCAUUGCUUAAUAAAGCCUGGAUUAUUACUGUCUUCAUUUACAUACCAGGUAGAUCUCCUUUUUGGAGUUUUCCUUUACUUCAACCUUUUUUGUGUGUGUGUGUGUGUGUGUGUGUGUGUGUGUGUAAAUUGUACCUAAAGGGCUAUGCUCAGGAUAGCCCGGUACUAUUCACAUUGACCUCUGACUUCACUGGACUCUAGGGUUUAGUGAGGGAAUCAUGCAUGCAUUUAACCAUUGCAGCCUUUGCAUGCCCACCUAUUCUUCCCCAGACUUUCUGUGGAUGUUCAAUCACAGACUUCCGAAUGCAGCUCAAUGAGAAGCCUUUGCAAGCCAAGGUGCAACAAAGUUAAUUUAUAAAAGUGUUAAGUUUGAUUAAAAUCUGUCUUUUUUGUAAAGAAAAAAAGGGCACACACUUCACACAUAAACCCUUUAAGCUAGCUAAAGUGUUGUAUGUGUUUGUAAUGUCCAUUUAAACUGCAUCCCAGAAGACAUCAUCUGAUACUCAUUUGUCAGUAUACACAAUGAUUGGAAUCAUGACAAAUGCCAAUCACAUCCAACAACUUAACUGUAAUUUUUCUUUUAUUUCAUAGCAUUUCUUGUGCAGCUGAGAAAGUUCAAACCAGCACUUAAGUAUUCUGACCCAGAAAAGCCAAGAAGUAUAUAGUGUUUCCUGUAUAUAUUACUUUAUAGGUUUUAUAACUAAUGCUAUUUUAUUUUACUGAACUGUACAUUGAUUCGAAUUUGCAUAAUGGUGUAAAAUAUAAAUAAAUAAAACUGCAGAAAUAAUGUGUAACUCACUGGAAACUGUUAUGUAACAAUUGCAUGUAUUUUUUUUGUAAUGUAAAAACAUGAGAAGGAAGUUGACCUAUUCCUCGCUGCUUGUAAACCAUUCCAUGGACCUGUCUUGAUAGAUAAGGCAUUUUCUCAUCCCAGAUCUUGUUUGACUACCU